AUGAUAUUAAUCAAUGAUAUAAAAUAUGCAUGUAUGGAAUGUAUAAGAGGUCAUAGAUCUUCUUCAUGUAAACAUCAUGAUAGACCUUUAUUACAAGUUAGAUCAAAAGGAAGACCUGGUGGUUAUGCAAAUGGAAAUCCAAAUCAUAGAAUAGCAGUAUUUGCAGAAGAAAUAGCUGGAAAAGAAGAUAGUGACUCAAUUUCUUCUACAACUUUAUCAAAAUCUGCAUCUUCAAGUACUAUUGAUACAGUUGAUACAACUAGUAUAAAUUCUACAGAACAAAAUCAAACUCAACUUAAAAAGGGAUGUAAACAAGCACCAAUCUUAAUAUUAAAAGCAUCAGAUAAACAAGUUAUAGAUUUAAGUAAUGGAGAAAUAAUUGGACCUUAUGAUGAAAGUAAAACAAGUAGAGAUAAAACAGAAAAACCACAAGCUUUACCACCAAUUAUAAAUGAUGAAAGUUUUAUAACUUCAUCUGGAUGUUGUAUACCAAAAGUAAGCAAAAGAAAUAAUACAAAUAAUAAUGGAUGUAAAUGUUGUGGGAAUAAAAAGAAUGGUGAUCAGAAUAAGAUAAAUAAAUCUAAAAUUUUACAAAAUUAUAUAGCCAAAAAGAUUAAUGAUCAAGAACUUUCAAAGACACCAUUGAAACAAGUUAAAUUUAUUUCGGAAAAUCCACAACUUGAUAAUCAAACGAAUGGAAAACAAGCUCAACAAGCACUUCCAAGAGCUCCACUAAAUGAACCUGUAUUUGACGUUGUUCCCGUAUCUUCUUGUUCAAUCCCUGGAACUUGUUGUUGUGACGAUAAUUGUAAAUGUAUUGGAUGUGUCGUACAUGGAAAUAUCAAGAACGAACCAACUAUUCAACCAAAUGAUCCUCCUUCAGAACAAGAAUCAAAAAUCAUUAUAAAUCAAUUUACAAAAUCCGAUGACUUAAUAUUUAACACAAUACAACCAAUAAAGGAAAAUACAUAUUCAUUUCAUAAAAAUUUUCAAAAUCUACCUCCAACUCAAGAUCAAAUACAACCAGAUUCAAGUAAAUCACCAACUCCAAUUUGUUCAUGUCCACCAGAUUCUUGUGAUUGUAUAAAUUGUGAAACUCAUGGAAUUUUAAAUGGAUUUAAAUUAGAUGAAUAUUUUAAAAAUCAAACAAACCAACAAAUCUUGUAUAAUGCUUUAAUAUCUGAUUUUGAUCUUGAUGAAUCUUUUGCUACAAAUACUCAACAACAAUUUUUACCAAUACAAGGGAGUUCUAGCAACCAGAUAUCACAACAACAUUUCCCAAUUGAAACAAAUGGUGGUUUGAAUAAUCAAUUCGAGUAUCAACCACAACAACACAAAUCUAACCAAUAUACUUUUAAUGACGUCAAUGACUUCAACAACAUAACUCCUGUAUUAUCAAGCCAGCAGCUUAGAAAAGAAAAUAAUUUUAAUGACAAACCCGUAAUAUCAACUUCUUCUUGUUGUUCUAAAAAAUAA